AUGUGUAGAUAUCAUUUGCUGUCCAGAAUUGGGACGCGUAAGUUUUAUGAACAAAUGUUUUUCUGUUUUAACGAUUUCGUGUUUUUCAGAUCUCUCGUUACCUGUUUUCCUGUCGGAAACUUUCGAUUCAUUCGGAAAUUCAACUACUCCAAUUGUUUCCAAAAGCCAAACUUCAAUAAAAAAUGAUCCAACGUUUUUGCACGAUUUUAAUGCGUCUGCCAGCAAUGUUUUAGAACCAAUGCAAAUUGUUCACGAUGAUUCUGUAGUUCGACCAAGAAGAAAUCGAAAAGAUCGACAAAAGUGAGUUUGAAAAUUAUUUGAUCAAUAUAAAACAAUUUGUUUUGUUUAAUUACAGAUUCAGCCGUUGGAGACAUAAAGAAUAUCAGUGUGAUGAAUGUGAACGUAUGUUUACAUUAAAACACAACUUACAAAAUCACGUGAUUCAAUAUCACAUGGGAUGUCGAAAACUUCAAAAACCUUGUUCAUCUUCGAAAUGCGAUGUUUGUGGAAAAAUUUAUUCGACACCAUCUGUCUUGGCAGAACAUCUUUUGGACAGUCAUAAUAUUCAUAUCAAAAAAGAAGAAUGCUCACAGUGUGAUGAGAAAUUUUUAACAUGUUCCGCUCUUCAACGUCACAUAAAAUCAGAACAUGCAAGUAAAAGUAAAACGUGUACUUUUGAAGGAUGUGAUAAUAAAUUCAAAUUCAUGAAAGAUCUCAACGAACAUAUCAAAAGCUGUCACAAACAAGAAUUUUUCUGUACAAUUUGCCAUCUGUCAUUCACAAGAUUAUCCAGUAAAAAGAAACACGAACAAGCACAUAUGGGACCUCGUUUGAAACGCGAAAGAAGACGAGAAAACUUUAUCAAAGAAAUCACAAAAGUUGAGAUCAAGGUAAAUAUUUAAAAUUUUCAUUUUAUUUUUUCAUCAUUGUUUUUCAGAUGGAAGAUGAUGAAGUUCCAGUUGCGCCACGUCGAAAAUUUCGACCAGAACUUGAAGCAGUUCCGAUUAUCCGCAAAACUACCAAGAAAAUUAGCAAAGAUGAGAUUUUAGCAAAAAUCAAGUAG